AACUAGGAAACCUAUAUGUAUAUACAUUUACUUUCAAACCUUCCUUCAAGAAGACCAAACCCUGAUCGAGUUCCGAGUCUCAUUGAUAUCCUUAUUUUAUCUCUCAAAAGAAAAUUACUCCAGAACACGCGCUUACCUAGGGUUUUCGGGUUCAGUGGAAGAAGGAAAGAACUCUGCACUCUCCCAAAACUGUCUUUUUAUCACUCUGCUUGGAAAGAGGCCUGGUACAAGAGUAUGGUGGAAGUAGACAGAGUUGAGGAGGACCUUGAAUUUAAGUGGGGUAAAAAGAAGGGAGUUGGUGGGAAAAAGAAAAAUUUCCAGUUUUAUCAAUCUUUUACUUAUGAUGGUGUGGAGUAUGAACUUUAUGAUUGUGUUUAUUUGUUGGUUGAUGGCGAACCAGAACCUCAUAUUGGUAAACUUAUAAAAAUAUUGGAGAAUCCUGACAAGAAAAAGAGAGUGAAGGUUCUAUGGUUUUUCCGCCCUUGCGAGAUGCUAAAGUAUCCUGAGGUGGUUGUAGACGCAGCUGAAAAAGAAUUAUUUUUGGCUUCCGGCGAAGGUGCAGGCCUUGCAAAUAUGAAUCCUUUGGAAGCAAUUGGUGGCAAAUGCAAGGUUGUUUGCACAUCAAAGGACAGUAGAAACCCACAACCUUCAGAUGAAGAACUUCAAAAGGCUGACUUUAUAUUUUACCGUGCCUUUGACGUUAAGAACUUGAAAAUCCUGGAUAAAAUAGAAGAAAAAGUAGCUGGGAUUGAAGUUAAAUAUAUGUUUAAUAGACCAGGUCUUCAGAAGCCUGUUAUUGUUCUGAAUCUUGAUUCAGACAAGAAAGGAGUUGGAGGAAAUGCUGUAGCAAGUAAUGAAACAGAGGUUCCUUCCAAGAAAAACCCAUCUAAAGAGCACACAACUCUGUUGACAAAUGGAAUUUCUGUUGAUACUCUUGGGAAAGAACAUGCUGAUUCAAAUGCUUCAUUGGUUAAACAGAAAGCUUCACUUAGUGAGAACCCUACUUCUAGUGUAGGUGUAGAGUCAGAAAGUUCUAAAACUAACAAUAGACAGGAAAAUAUUCCCAGAGACAACACUGCAUCAAUGUCUGAAGAAGAUGAUUCUGUCAAGCGUGAGGGUAAAGUUGGUAAUAUUCCUAUGAGACGGGUCACAGUUGGUAAGGUUGUCAGUGAGGAGAAAGUAAAAUCUGCUGAGGAUUGUAGUGAUCUGGAGGAUAGGCUAGCUAAGAAGGCAAAAUUGGAUAGUUCUAUUAAAGUAUCUGAUGAUAAGAAUGAGAAGAAUGUGCAGAAGUUAAGUGUUGAUUUGGAUGGUAAUGAUCCCAAGGCUUUAGCAACUAUAAAUGCUUCUGAAGAUAAACCUAGACUAAAGCUUGCAGAGGAUUCUCAAGGUGCUGAAAAAGGCCCUUCUAAGAAGGUGCCUGAUGAGAAGACAAAAGAUUCUAAUGGGAAGUUGCUUAAAGCAUCUCCAAGACAGUCUCCAGAUGUGGACAAAAAAAUGGAUCACCAAAUAAUGGAAGUUAGCCGAAGACCAGAUGCGGAUAUUGCUUGGCAUCGCUUCCAGGAAAGUUGCACAGCAAAGAUGAUGCAGCAGACGUCAAUUUCAAGCUCUCACUGUGUUGCAGCGGAUAGCGUUGUGAAAGCUGUAGCUAAUGUGCAUGGGGCAGCUUCUUCUUCAAAGUCGAAAGGCGGGAAAAGGAAGGGUUUCAAACGAGAUGGCAAGCAAGUUGUCAUUGGAGUGAAUAAAGCAGGAAACAAAGCAGCAAAAGCUAAAUACAAAGGAAAUUGUUUCCAUUGUGGUGAAGCAGGCCACUGGUUAAGAAACUGCCCAAUGUAUUUUGGCUUUCAAACGCCAAGGGGUUUCAGAAGACCAAAUAACUGAGAAUGGAAGAUGUGUCUAACGCUUGAAGAUGCAAUGUAAAUUCUAGUUUUAUUUUUUCAGAGUUAAUUAGUAAUUUUUUUUUUUUUUUUUUUUUUUAACUUUUAUUAGACUAUGUACUCAAAUUCAUGUAACCUUUUGGGUAAAUGCGGCUGUAUUUUUUGAAAUAUAUAACGAUAAUAAAGAAUGAUAAAAUGUCUAUUUAUUCUGAAUUUA